UACACAUUUGGAAUGUCAAAGUUGGUAACAUUGACCAAAUUCUCUAUAAAUAGGAGAAAUUCGGUUCCCUCAUUCAUCACUAAAUUUGUCUUUGUCUUCUUAUCUUAAUUGUUUCCUUUUAGUCUUUUAUAAUUCUGUCCUUAGCAUGGCUCUUUCUCUUUUGUGUCCUCUUCUUGCCACCUUUCUUUUCAUGCAAACUCUGGCAGAUACUUCCUUUAUUCAAUCUCGUGCAGCAUAUUACCCAAACUCUGAAGAAAAUGGCACAGACGUUGGUGCAUGUGGAUUUGGUUCCUUUGGUGCCACUGUUAAUGGUGGGGAUGUAUCAGCUGCAUCUGAUCUUUAUCGAAAUGGUGUUGGCUGUGGUGCCUGUUACCAGGUGAGAUGUAGCAAUAGUGCUUAUUGCUCAGGCAAUGGUGUGACGAUAGUAAUAACUGACCAAGGCUCAAGUGCUAACACUGACUUCAUUCUUAGCCAACGAGCUUUUGGUGGGAUGGCUAUCAACAAGGAUGCAGCUGCUUCUCUAUUAGCUCUUGGCGUAGUUGAUAUUGAAUAUAGACGGGUUUCAUGCAGCUACCCAGGCAAAAACAUUACAGUUAAGAUACAUGAGAGUAGCAACAACCCUCACUAUUUGGCUUUUGUCUUAUGGUUUCAACAAGGAAGUAAAGACAUAACUGCUGUGCAACUUUGCGAGACUGAGAACUUUGUGUGCAAGUUACUGGAUCGGAGUCAUGGAGCAGUAUGGACCACCACUGCGCCACCGAGUGGACCUUUGGGUUUGAGGAUGUUGUUUAGUGAUGAAGAAGGGGAAGACGAAUCAUGGAUCGUUCCGGUUAAUAACAUUCCACAGGACUGGAAGGCUGAAGAAACGUACGACUUAGGGGUACAAGUGAACUAAUAGAAGCAGAAAAUUAAUCAUUUAUUAAUCUGCUUUGUAACGAAAUAAAAAAUAAGUCAAGUAUAGUGAGUUCAAUCGAUUUACCUUAUUUAAUUGCCCUCCAAUAAUUUGUUUUUCUCAGAAGUAGCAAGGACUGAGGACAUUUUGUGAUCUUACUGUAGCAUGUCACCCUACUCCCUGGAUAUUUCCUAGUUUAAAAUAUUUCGAUCAUGUUCACAAGCAUGCUGAAAUGUCAUUUAGUUUCUCUGUA